AUGCAGUCUAUAGACCAGCCUGCCAAGGGCAAGGAGAAAACACGCGCUUUGACUUCCAGCACCCCAUUGUAUUCAGGGAAUAGAAUGAUAUUCACAGGCCCAGAUGGUUUGCGUAAUCACAGAUCAAGGCUUCCGGAAACCACGCUUUAUAUAGGAGCAGCAACUGCGCCAGAAGAGGGCACUAGUGAAGCUGGUUACCUGUGGAGACCUGCACCAAGAAAUCCUCCUCCAUGGUACCACAGGAGUUGCUAUGUAGGAGAAAUUGGCUGGGGAGUAGGAGAGUUUCAUUCUCUCGCCCAGAAAAACAGCCAGCAGUUAAUGCAUGAACGAUUUCCUCCAGCUGAAGAGUUUGAAAUAAUAGCUCGAUACAGAAAUCCCAGUUUGAGCAUGUAUCCUGCCCCUGAUCCAGAAUACUUGGGUUGGGCAGACGACCCAAACUAUCCUCCUCCUAUGAUGACCUUGGAUGGAUCAGAAACAUCACCUCAUCAAAUGGAGGUAGGUUUGGUUACGGGUUUCUUCUCUUAUCAUAUAGGGAGUUCUACAAGUAGUAAGGAACUUCUUGUUAGCGUCAGCAUAGAGGACUCCCCCUGCCUAAAGGACUUUUGGCAGAUUGUUGUAGCACUGAAUACAAGAAAUCCAAUUUAG